AUGCAGCCGAAACCGAUUGCACCGCAUCCCGGCGCCACCCAGCCAUCCAGCUUCGGCCCUACCGACAAUGCAAGCGCAUCGAGCUCCGUAUCUCCGCCUGCUCGCUCACCCUCUGGCACUGCCACACCCGAUCGCUCAUUCAACAAUGGAGUAGGCUCAGCAUCGUCCUCAGUCGCCAAAGCAGCUGCUGCAGGUGCCAACGCUGGUCCUAGCCGCCCAGCUACUGCCGCUCUUGCUGCAAAGCUAGCUGCCUCGCGUCAACACGGCACCGUCGCCGAUGCCGUCGCUGCUUCUCUCGGUAGCAAACGUGAACGAAAGAGGAAACGUAUCCACUACAGCUGCGCCGAGUGUCACCGUCGUAAGCACAAAUGUGACCGUCAAACUCCAUGUCAACCAUGCAUCGACCGUGGCCUUGGCGAUUCUUGCCGGCCUUUUGAAGAUGGCGAUCAGUUCGGUGACAUGCGAGAUCGAGUGCAGCGUCUCGAAGAUAUUGUAGAGGGCCUCGCCAUUGCCCAUGCAGAACUUGCAAAGGAGCUCAAGGACUCUCGAGGGCAGAUGGCUGCCUUUGUCGAAAUCGUCUCCAGUGACGAGGAGCAAGAUGCUGAUUCCAACCACCUUUCCGCUGCCACUCGACCCAAGUCGAAGAAACGUAGAAGAAUCAUCUGCCCUAGCACUGCCAGAGGUAUUGAGCGAGAGGAGCUCUUCAACUCAGAAGCACAGGCGAUCGCCGCAUCCAAGGGCGAGAUUGUCGAUUCCACCAAACAGGCCAACAUUCCUCGCUACGACCUCGGAGGCAACCCUCUCGAAGGCGGUCUCGCUCGAGACGGUGACAGUUGGUUCGGUGCUCUCGCUUUGCCUUCCGUCAGCCGCGGUGUCAUCGAGACAGAGAUCAACGGCGAACGUCUCGAACUUGGCGCCAACUUCCCAAGAUUCCCUGCCUCUGUCAAAUUGCAUCGACUCAUCCACGAAGGUGGCGCUCCCGAAAACAUCCUUGGCGAUCUCAUGAACGCGUUGCCAUCCAGAGCAGAUACCGACCGCCUUCUUGAUAUCUACUUCCGUGAUAUCAACCACACCCGACUUCCCAUUCACGAGGGUACCUUCCGCCAGUCCUACGACGAACUCAUGGACUUCAGAUGGGGCAACGCCAAGGAGGAACGCGGCGACGAUGGUGCAAGACACAUCCCUUUCCUUGCAUUCCUCUUCGCCAUCCUCGCUACUGCCAUGCGCUCACUUCCAGAAGCCCUCGGCAGCGAAGCAGAAGCCAAGAAGGGCGCCGUUCGCCUGUAUCAUGCAUGUCGCCGUACUAUCAACAUCGCCUCCACCAUCCGCGUCGACCACAUUGAUCUCGUCUUGGCGCAUCUUUUCGCCGCUCGCUUCCUGAUAUGCCAACGUCAAAGCGCUGAAAGUUGGUCACUUCUCGGCAACGCCAUUCGAGCAGCCCAAGCCAUCGGUCUUCACCGAGACGGCAGCAAGCUCGGUCUCGACGCCAUCACUACAGAGCGCCGACGAAGACUCUGGUCCAUCAUCUUCUACAUGGAUAAGACCACCAGCAUCCUCUUGGGUCGUCCUCAAGCCAUUCAGGAGUUCCACUGCGACACGCUUCCACCUUCUGACAUUGACAUCGAUACCAUGCCAAGAUCAGCACGUCCCUAUGUGCCACGAACCCGGCCGCGUCCCAACACCCCGCCCGGCGUUUUUCUUUUCGUCGCCAUUCGUCACGAACUCACUCGCAUCACCGGAAAGAUUGUUGAGCACUUCCAGAACCUUGCCAGCCCUCGUCGCUACGCUGACGUCGUCGCAUUGGACGAAGAAUUGGAAAAGUUCCGAAAAGACAUCCCGGACAUCUACCGGGUCGACAAGGUCACUAACGGAUCAGGGCCGGACACCAACAAGCAGUUCGAUACCGUCUGCCCCUGGCUCCCACUGCACCGAUACCUUCUCAACAUCGAGUACCACUACGUACGCAUUGCUCUGCACAGACCUUACGUGCUUCGCAACUCGGAAAAGUACUCUCACUCUCGCAAAGCAGCCUUCGAGAGUGCCAAAGCCGACCGCAGGGUGCGUCAAGAGUACCGUAAGGACGUCAAAUGGGAGCCCGAGCGCGCACGCAAGGUCCACAUGGGUGGUCUCUACCGUCUCUUCAACGCAACCAUGAUGAUUGGUAUUGCGCUCCUUCUCGACCCUAACGGUCCCGAAGCACCCGACUUCCUGUCGUACCUCGACGAGUUCAUUGAGUUGCACAAGCACCGUGAAGGCGAAGUUGAUCAGUGCAGUAAGCGUGAGGUCAAGAUCAUCGAGCUCUUCAGGGCCAAGGCACGCGAUCCUACGUGGUGUGCUACCUCGGCGACAGGCGCUAGCAAGAAGGCUACGGGUGCAGAUGGCACCACAUCCAAAGGCAAGGGCGAGAAGGGCGAUGCAUCCACAAAGGGCGGACGCAAGGAUGCACCAGCUAGGCGUGAGACCACCAGCGAGGGUACAGCCGGAGUCGGCACUGCAGCCUUCAGCUCCGCCAUGUUGCUCGGCAACACUGGAUCCAAGGGCAAUGGCUCCCAACUGGCGCGUGCCGGCUCGGUCAAUACCACAGAAAGCAUCACACCGCCGCCAUUCGCCGGUCUCUUUUCGGGCACCAGCGGCGCUCCUGCUGCAGGUCUUUCCCUCGGCACCGUCUCAACGGGUGCUACCAGCGAUGCGACCACCGACCUGGCUCAGAGCAUCUUCGACCAGCUCGGUGGCUACGAACCCAGCUUCGGCAUGCUCAACCCCACACCCAAUGAUGCGCUCAACUUCAACUCUGGCUCGGCUUUGGGCUUCGGGCCGAGUCACACGUCCAACAGCAUGGGCUUUGACUCUGCAGCAGGUUUCGACCUUGCGAGCUACUUCAACACGCCACCUCCCGGUUCCUCUGGUCCUUCGCCGAAUGUGACGGCGAAUGCACCAUCAUCGUCGUCAGCCCAACAGGGCUCGGGGCUCGGACGUAGCAGCACCAACUCAAUCAACAUCCCUGCCACAUCCUCCUCAGAGCGCAGCGGUAUCCCCAACUUCCAGCCCAGCGCACACCCGCAUUUGCGUGCACUCAACACACCGGGAAGCUUCAACGGCUUUGGUGGUCAAGGUGGCGCUGGUGGCGACAGCAAUGGAAGAACAGGCGACGCUUCUUCAGCGAACGGAAGCGGCACAGCAACCGGCGUUCCUGGCGAUUGGGGUCUCUUGCCGUGGGGAGGUCUGAUUGAAGCCAUUGCCCAGAGCUCUCACGGUAUCGACCAGCAGCAUGGGCAGCAGCAAGGAGCUUCAAAUGGCACACCAGGCUCUCACCCUGAAAUGAAGACUGAGACUCCCGAAGGGUCUGACAAGCACUGA